UGAUGUGCAUUGCAACUACCAUUGCCAAAUAAAGACACUUUUUUGGUUUGUUGAAUGUUAGAUAGUUUAUAUUAGUGGUCUCAUAGAGGAGAAAGAGUGAGAUCUAUCAAACACACACAGUUAUUGCUGUAACUGAAACUCAAACUCAAACUGAAGCAGAGGCAUUAACCAAAAAACCAUCCCUCCUUUCUCAAUUCCAAACAAUGCCCAAGAAGGAGAACUUCUUCAAUGAUUUUGCUGACAAAAAUGGUGAAUCAGACAAACACACCAAAGAUGUUUCCCGCACUGAUUUCCCUCCCAAUUUCGUCUUUGGAAUUGCAACUUCUGCAUAUCAGGUUGAAGGAGCUAGCAAGGAGGGUGGUAGGGGUCCUAGCAUUUGGGAUGCCUUUUCACACACCGAUGGAAAAAUUGUUGAUAAAAGCAAUGGUGACACUGCAGUGGAUCAAUAUCAUAGAUACAAGGAAGAUGUUGAACUCAUAGCCAAGUUGGGCUUUGAGGCUUAUCGCUUUUCCAUAUCAUGGUCUCGCAUCUUCCCUGAUGGUUUGGGAACCAAGGUCAAUGAAGAGGGUAUUGCUUACUAUAAUAACAUCAUUAAUGCUCUACUUGAAAAAGGUAUUCAGCCUUAUGUAACUUUGUACCAUUGGGACCUUCCUUUGCAUCUUCAUGAGACAAUGGGAGGAUGGCUGAAUAAGGAAAUUGUAAAAUACUUCUCAAUCUACGCAGAAACUUGCUUCAAAAGUUUUGGUGAUAGAGUAAAGAACUGGCUUACGAUUAAUGAACCGCUUCAAACUGCUGUGAAUGGUUAUGAUCUUGGGAUAUUUGCUCCUGGAAGAAACGAAAAUUCAUCAACUGAGCCAUAUAUAGCUGCACACCACCAACUAUUGGCCCAUGCAGCUGCCUACUCCAUUUACCAAAGCAAAUAUAAGGAAAAACAAGGGGGCCAAGUGGGUUUGGUGGUAGAUUGUGAAUGGGCAGAAGCUAAUUCGGAUACCAUUGAAGAUAAAAUUGCUGCAGCAAGGCGCCUUGACUUUCAGCUUGGAUGGUACCUAAAUCCAAUAUAUUUUGGUGAAUAUCCUGAAGUUAUGUGUGAAAUUCUUGGAGAUCGACUUCCCAAAUUCACAGAAGAAGAUAAGGAGUUGCUUAAAAACUCAGUUGACUUUAUUGGUCUGAAUCAUUAUACAUCAAGGUUUAUUGCUUAUGUAAAAGAGAGCCCUGAGGAAAGCGAUUUCUAUAAAGCACAACAGGUGGAGAGAAUUGGUAACACCAACUUACUACUUUCUUCCAGUCUUCUUAUUCUUCUUCUUUUAUUCAGUUGUAAAAAAGUUUCUUACUUUCUACUAUUCUCUCUGUCAACAGCUGAAUGGGAAGGAGGCGAGCUGAUCGGUGAGAAGGCAGCAUCAGAAUGGCUUUAUGUAGUUCCUUGGGGCAUCAGGAAGAUUCUUAAAUACAUAGCGCAAAAAUACAAUAAUCCCCCAGUUUAUGUUACUGAGAAUGGAAUGGAUGAUGAAGAAAAUGACACUCUUCCGCUUCAUGAAAUGCUAGAUGACAAACUGAGAGUCAUCUACUUUAAGGGAUAUCUAGCAGCAGUUGCUCAGGCAAUAAAGGAUGGAGUAGAUUUGAGGGGAUACUUCGCGUGGUCGUUACUGGACAACUUCGAAUGGGCUCAAGGAUACACUAAACGAUUUGGUUUGGUGUACGUUGACUACAAGAAUGGACUCACCCGCCACCCAAAGUCUUCUGCUUAUUGGUUCUUGAGGUUCUUGAAGGUUGAUGAUGGUAAAAAUGGCAAGAACGAGUAAUCAACUUCUCCUUAAAAUGCCAUCUUUCCAAAAAACUGACUUUCCGUUGGUUACUUUUAUUGCUAGUGUGUCUUGCGACUCUUAAGAAACUCAUUCAGGGCAUCUGUACCUUAUCAUAAUUGAGUCUUGUACUUGAUAUGUAAAUUAAGAAAGGGAAGUGGUUCUUCAUUUAUAAGUUUGCAAAUAAUAUUGUAAAUGAAGGAAACAGUCACCAUACAUAUAAUAUGAUUUGCUUAUUUUGCCAACAA